UUAAACAACACGCGCUACGACACUCCGUUCUCUUUUCGAAUUUUGUUCGCUGAAGAGUGUGUCUGUUUCUUCGUUCUUUCUUUUAAAAUGGUCUUCGAUCCAAGAACAUUGGAUAAUCCUAAGGAAAUUAGUGCUUACAGAGAUCAAAGAUACCAGGGAACCGUUCGAGACCAGGAGACUGCUCUACGCACAUCAUGUACACUUUAUGUUGGAAAUUUAUCAUAUUACACUAAAGAAGACCAAGUCUAUGAGCUGUUUGGAAGAGCCGGUGACGUCAGAAGAGUGAUCAUGGGAUUGGAUAGAUUCAAGAAAACUCCUUGCGGAUUCUGCUUUGUCGAAUACUACACAAGAGAAGACGCUGAGCUGGCUCUUCAGAACAUCUCAAACACUCGUAUGGAUGAUCGUGUAAUUCGUGCUGAUUGGGAUGCUGGAUUCAUUGAAGGACGUCAAUAUGGAAGAGGAAAACACGGUGGACAAGUUCGUGAUGAGUAUCGAAAGGAUUAUGAUCCAGAAAGAGGAGGCUACAAUCGCGCUAUUGCUCAAAAAGGCGGUGACCGUCAAUAAUCGUUUCCAAAUCCAUCC